AUGUACACAGAGGAACUUGGCUCUGAGCUGCUGGCGCUGUUCCAAGAGCUGAUGCCAGACCUGAAAGCCGAUAAGGCAGAACUUCUGCGCCGCAUCGAAGCCAUGAUGUGCCCCCGGGCCUCACGCUCACCUGUUGGUCAUCACCAAACAAACGCUUGCUCCAUCGUCAACACAUCCUUUGAAACCGCUGCUCUUCGGCAUCUGGUUAAACAGCAAAAACUCUUCCAACAAACUGACGCAGCGGCGCAUGGGGAUUCAGCCAUUUCGACCCAGCUUGUCGACGCGUCUGCGCCCUACAAUUACGUCCGACCUCUGCCCCUAUCUAAGAAAAAUCGUGACCAAACAGUAGUUUCGGAGGCUUACAAAGCUAGUCUCUCUUCCGUUGCGCCGAAAAACCCAUCUGUGCCUCAAGGCUUACCAUCAAAUGAGUUGGUCACAUCGGAAGCACUGGACACUUAUCGGCAGUUCCAGGUAUUGUUACAGCUUAUUAUCUCAAUAGCGAUCUGA